UUUACAUCCGGUGUUCUUUGGCACUAAAAAGUCAUGAAAUAUGCGAAUAACUGCACAGGUGAUUCGCUCUCGAGCCAAAAAGGCACUACAUUCAGUAGAGUAUCUCGAUAUAAGCAAUCUUGAAAUUGCUGCCAUUGAAAAGCUGAAAGCAUGUCCAAAAUUACAAAGCCUGUGGCUAAAGGGAAACAACAUAGAUUGUGUGGAGCGAUUAGAUUCCUGCCCACACCUUUGGUACCUGGACUUGUCACAUAACAAGGUGAGGAAUCUAGAAGGAUUAUCCAAGUUUGUUGCCCUUGGAACCUUGAUAUUAUCAAACAAUGAAAUUCCUUGGCGAGAACUGGCACAUUUACGCCAUAUGCAUAUUUUACAUCUCAGUCUCCAUGGCAACCCAGAGUUGGAAAAAGAUCCAUAUUAUCGUAUCCAUGUAAUUGAUUGCCUUUCAAACAUCUGGAUGCUGGAUGGAAGGAUUAUUACAUCUGCGGAGCGUCAUCAAGUUGAACAGUUCUUUAAUGAUACAGCUCUGUCUGCCCAUCCUGUGAGACACAAACUGCCCAGAGAACCAUUUGUUCCCUCCAGUCAUAAACUUAUCUCUGUUAAUGGUGUUCAUGGGGCAAAGGCAUCAACUAUGUUCCGCUUUUUCCCUGUGAAUGGUGCUUUAAAUCAGGAUACAGAUACCAGAAGGAUCCUAUAUCUCUGUAGGAAUUUCCAGGAAGAUGCAAUAUUAGAGCAGAGUUACACAAAACGAAAACUUCCAAUUUUGGAGCAUUGUCCAUCAUUUCUGGAAGAAUUGGUUGAGCACCGACUGAUAGAGAGGGAAGCUUGCAAUAUGCUCCUACUUUUCCUUGUGGCCUCACUUGAGUUUGCUUUACCUGCCAGCCUUGUACAAAGUACCCUUCAGACAUCCAAACUUGCAGUGGUUGGGAGAGUAUAUACCAUGGACUUAUUUAUGUUGCCCCGUGAUAUGCGUUGUCAGGUUGCUUCCAUUCUCCUUAGCGCAGUGAAGGUAGACAGAGACAUAGGACAGGAAGGAGGGUUAUAUGAUAGACUGUAUUUAGCACUGUAUCAUUCAGUGUCACAAUUGAUGAGUCUAGGUCAUUCAGAUAACACUUGCAAAUCACCCACCAAAGUAAAACCCACUCCAGUACUAAAGGAAUCCAAGUGCCUAAUAGCAUCCGAAGUAGUACAACUAAUGUGUAUUGUAGCAUCAUUCUUUGAAUGCUGCCUUCAAGAUGUGGGUUUAAAACAUUUAGUUACCGUGGCAACUGGUGAUGCAGAAAUAAUUGAGAAAUUAGCUGCUCUGAUGGACAAAGUCAGCAAUAAGGGGGAAGAAGGUGGUCCUGCACUUGAACUUGUAGCAGAGUUUCUGCUAUCUGCUAUACAAGCACAUGCUUUCAAUGUGAUCAACAAGAACUUUAAGAUCCCCCAGACUUCUUCCUAUGUACUCAAGACCAGUAGAGCAUUGCCAAAACGUCCACAGUCUUCUCCUCUUUACAAAGCAAACUUUCACGCUGUUGGCAGAAAGACUCCCGAUGACCGACCAAUCAGGAUACAGAGUGCCAAAGUUAGGAAUCCAGAAAAAAUGCAUACGCCUGCACUUGGAGACAGUGUUUUACUAAGUGCCCAGUCAGUUGGGAAAAUAAUUUCUCUUCCCGAAUGUGACAUUGCUCUUGUUCAGUUGACAGAUAUACCAGUACCAAAUGGUGGUGUUGUUAAUAAAAGCAAAUCAGAAGAUGAUCACUACACAUAUGUUAACAUGAAACAAUGCUACUGGGAGAAUUAUUCCAGCAUGUGGAGACCUAAGGGAACAAUAGGAGACAGGGUCACUGCACAGUAUGGUGAAGAAGGGGAGGAUGGUCAUCAGGAAAGUAAACCCAGUCAGGGUAAGAUGUUGGUUGAUGGCCACAGCCCACUUAGAAAACAGCGAGAUGCUACUGUGAAGUCUGUAUCCUCGCAACUAAAGGUGAAACACAAGCUAAAGCUGACAGGUAGAACUUCUAGUGACCCGCACAGAGAGGUAGAACACCCUGGUGCCCCUGAUACAAGCCCAAGGGAAAUUAGUAGCCAGGAGAUUGUCCAAGGAUUGUUGGAUAUUUGUAUAAAUGAAGCAGUAGGAAAUUCAGAGGAAAAUACUUCACAUAAUCUAGAGGUGAAAUCAAGUGAACACCCCUCUAUUGUGAAAGACUAUGAGACUCCUUCAAAUCCUACAAAUGACACUGUUCCGCAGACAUCCCCAGAAUCACCCAGUGCAUACCCAAAGUCAAAAUCCCCUUUGUUGAAUGACUCUAGACCUGGGAGUGCAAACAACCCUAUCCAGGUACCAUCUAUGGAUAAGCUGAACAUUGAGGAUUCACUGAGUGAGGGAAUACCCGAUGAGAAGGUGGAUAGAUGGCUGGCAAGGCAUAGGAAGAGGCUAUUGAAUGGUUCAACACAAUCUGGGACUAGGGCCAGCAGUGCAGCAACUUCACGUAAUAAAACCAAAACAAGAAUUCGACCCUUCAGUGCUGUUGAUGCCUACCAAUUUACUCUGACUCAUCCGGCCAAGAAGCUAGAUGAUACUGCAUAUAGGUCAGCCUAUCAGAAUACUCGAACUGAUGCAUGGCGACAAAGUGCCUCCGACAAUAUGGAAAGAGUGUCUUUCACUGAUGAAGUUCAUGCUCCUGAUCAUCAGGAUAACACUUAUGCUCACAAUCAGAGGAAAAAACAGGAAAAAUCUGUGCUCCAUGUUCGGAAGGGUGACACAUGGCUAGCAGCAGGACGUAAUUUAUACUUUGAAGAAGUUAUGUCACGUCCGUAUGUGACACACACCCCAGGCUGGAAACAGGAAUUGAUUGACAAGCAACGGUCACGCCCCAAAUCUGCUGCAGCUCAACGUUCAUACAGUCGAGCAACAAUUCCACACAUCAUGACACCAUCUUCUAUGAUUUAUGACGGCUAUACAGAUCUCUAUGACUUUAAGACAGAUAUGCCAGAUAUAAGUGACUAUAAUCAGCCAAUAACAUACCCGGUACGUCAACUUGGGCAGACUCGGAAUCACCACUGUAACAGCCCCCGGGCAGGAUACGGCAGUCCUCGGUCAGCGGCAGAAAUGAGCAAUAGUUUUCAUGGAGCGACAUGUAACGAUUGUCUAGACAGAACAUAUAUUGACAUGGACUUCUACAGUAAUCUGUUUAACUAAAUAUAGUUACUAUAUCAUAAUUUGACUAUAUGAAUCUUUUCUGCAUCUUAGAAUAUAUACAGUACAUGUACAUGUAUUUUAUUAAACAGGUGAUAUUAAGAUAUGUUGAACUGUGACAACUGAAACUUUGUGAAUCAAGACAAUAUUAAGUAGACUGUGAUCUGUUGAUACAGGAAACGGUGUGAUUAACACACAUUCUUUGAAGUAGACUGUGAUAUAGGAAACGGUGUGAUUAACACACAUUCUUUGUUGAUAUUGAAUCUACUGGAAAACAAAUGUUAGGGAUGACAUCCAAUUGUCAGCAAAGAAGAUGUCGGUUUCAUAUGUUCUGGGCCAAUAUAAAGAUGGCAGCACCAACAGAAUCUAGUAUUAAA